CGGAACGAAAUCGGACCUUAUCUGCUUUCAUCAAGCGCGAACUCGAAGGGGGGAGCAAGGACACUUUCUUAGAACCAGAGGACAGGGCCGACAACGAGGUGGAGGCAGACCAGACCCCGACAGAACCCUAGACAGGGCCGGCGACGAUGCUUCUCCAACCCACUCUCCACCACCACCGCAUCCCUUCUCUCUCCUCCACCGUCUGCUACUCUAACCCUCUCCCUCGCUCUCUCAAGCUCCCCCACUUCGUACUCCUCCAAGGGCCCACCAGGAGGGCCGUCGCGUGCUCUAUUUCCCAGGUUCACGGCUAUGGCGCUAUGGACUACGAGCGGAGGCCCAUGGUCAAGUGGAACGCCCUGUACAGGAGGAUAUCCCUGAUGGAGAAUCCCGAGCUCGGCUCCGCCUCCGUCCUUAACCAGUGCGAGGACGAGGGCAAGAAGCUCACCAAGUGGGAGCUCUGCAGGGUCGUCAAAGAACUCCGCAAGUUCAAGCGCUACAGACAGGCCCUUGAGGUGUAUGAGUGGAUGAACAACAGAGGGGAGAGGUUCCGAUUAUCCGGCAGUGACGCUGCUAUUCAGUUAGAUCUAAUAGCCAAAGUCCGUGGGGUGUCCAGUGCAGAAGAUUUCUUCAUGAAGCUACCUGAUUCUCUGAAGGACAGGAGGAUUUUUGGGGCACUCCUGAAUGCCUAUGUGCGUGCCAAGAUGAGAGAAAAGGCUGAAUCUCUCAUUGACACAAUGAGAAAGAAAGACUAUGCGAUUCAUGCGCUUCCUUUUAAUGUGAUGAUGACCCUCUACAUGAACCUCAAGGAGUACGAGAAAGUCGACGCAAUGGUCUCGGAGAUGAUGGAGAAGAACCUCCAACUUGAUAUCUACUCAUAUAACAUUUGGUUAUCAUCCCGUGGGUCCCAGGGAUCAGCAGAGGGGAUGGAGCAGGUGUUCGAGCAGAUGAAACAGGACAAGAGUAUAAAUCCUAAUUGGACGACAUUUAGCACGAUGGCGACUAUGUACAUAAAGAUGGGGAUGAUGGAGAAGGCAGAGGAUUGCUUGAGGAAGGUGGAGAGCCGAAUCACAGGUCGGGACCGAAUACCUUAUCACUACCUCAUAAGCUUGUACGGAAGCGUGGGCAACCUGGACGAGAUAUAUCGGGUCUGGCAUUUGUACAAGUCGAUUUUCCCAAGCAUCCCGAAUCUUGGGUACCACGCGGUGAUAUCAUCAUUAGUUCGAAUAGGUGAUAUCGAGGGGGCAGAGAAGAUUUACAACGAGUGGCUCUCAGUGAGGGCAACAUAUGAUCCUAGAAUAGGGAACCUCCUCAUGAGUUGGUAUGUGAAGGAAGGGAAUUUGGAGAAGGCCGAAGCGAUUCUCAAUUACAUGAUUGAGGUGGGUGGAAAGCCAGGCCCAAGCACAUGGGAGAUUCUUGCAGAGGGGCACAUUGCGGAGAGGAGAGUACCUGAGGCCUUGUCUUGCAUGAAGGAGGCAUUCUCAAUUGACGGAUCAAGGAGCUGGAGGCCUAAGCCAGUGAAUGUGACUGCCUUGAUUGAUCUCUGUGAGGAAGGAGGUGACAAUGAGUCGAAGGAAACUUUCGUGAGAUUGCUGGAAGAGUCGGGAUUCCUCAAUGAUAAGUCUUACUCAUCACUCGUGGGUUUAUCAAAUGGGGCUGUGGGCAGCGAUGAAGUAGUAAAUGACAGCGACGAGGAUGAAGGCAGCCAAUCGGAGAUGUUUAUCAAUCAAUUCCAGGGCAGCACUGGACUCUGAUGAGCACAAUUGAGUUAUCAAUAUUUGUUUUCUUUUAAAUGCUGGAAGGCAGAAUCGGGCUCCUGCGUUGGUCUCCUACAAAUAGUUACAGCAGUUAAACUUGAGAUGUGCUUGAUGAAGUCAUAGCUUAAAUUCCGGGGGCUUCGUCGACGGCGGUGAUAUUGUGAAGUGUGGAGUUUUGCAGGGGCGAUAUAAAGUGGAGGGUUAAGAUUAUUGCUCUAUUCGUUGCAGUAUAAGGCUUGUUCUCGAAGAUCUGUCAUCUGUUAUUUUCAGAUUCUAUUCGAGCUCUGUAAUUCAGCUAGGUUUUUAGAACCUUUAGUAGCUCCUCCCCGAUCAUGGAGCAUGUACGAUGAGGAAUUUUGAAUUCUAUUUUCAUGAGUAUAGAAUAGCAAUGGCACGAAGGAAGUUCUGACUUUGCUAAUCCAAACUUUUGGAGAUGAAUGGAAAUGCCAGUCCAAUGUGGAGCAAAUUUAACAUU